UCAUACUAAUCACUCUAGAGUCUAGAGAAUGCUCAUAUGCAACGAGUAUAUAUAGGCUCUUGGUAUGAGUCUAGAAUUUACUAGUGUUGGCGUUGUACAUGGGUGCUUCGAGCAGGUGUUCCAAGAUUGACAAUAUGCAAUCGAAGGGGACAUUCCUGUAGCUUCACAAGCGUCAGAUCUGGUGUUAUUUGAAAUUUCGUUUGUUUGAAAAAUAAUUUUCAUAAUCGGUGAAGAUGGCAUUUGGUAAUAAGCAUGGCAGACAGGAUAAGCAUUCAUCAAACACAUUGUGUUUUAGAGGAACAGUGGUGAUCUUUGUGGGUGUUUGUGUUCUUGCGGUAUGGAUGCUGAACUCAUCCUCACCUGCUCCGGUGGAGCGAAAAACAUUCAGUAACAUUCGGAAGAUAAAUCCAGAUCCGGAGAUCCCUGAGAAAACAGGGGAUUCUCCUCCUGAAGAGACAAAGGAAAAUACGUCAGAUGGCUCUGUGUCUUUUGAGGACAGCCCUGGCGAUUUGCCAGAUGAUGCCAUUAAGGGAGAUGACAAUAACCCACAGGUUGAGCAGAAAACUGAUAUUGACAAGACCUCAGAUGACGAGAAACAAACAGAUGGAGAUCAAGGAUUACAUGAAGAGAAGAAAUCUGAUCUUGGCAAGACCUUUGAUGAGGAGAAACAAUCUGAUGGAGAACCAGGAUCGAAUGAAGAGAAGAAAUCUGAUGGUGAUGGGAAUUCAGACGUAGGAAAAAGCUUUGAUGGCAAUGUGAAUUUGAAGGAGGAAAAUCCGACAGAUGGAUUUGAGAAUAAUGACAAGGGUGGUCAAAAAGUAAUCGAAGAAGCUACAGACAAAAUGACAGAUGGAGAUAAGAGCAAAGAGAAAAAGGAUGUUGAAAACAGUUUGCAGUCUGAGAAGGAUGGGGAUAAAUACAAGGAAGAAAAAGAAAAGAAUCAGUCUGAGCAAAGGUCAAAUGGAAACCAGGAAGUAGAAGAGAAGAAGGUAGAGGAUAACAAAUUACCAGAAACAUUACCUAAUGCUGGACAAUUUGAGCUUCAAAAGGAAAAUACUGUGGUACCUGGGAACUGGGAAACACAAGCUGCAGAGUCUAAAGAUGAGAGAGAAAGGCAAGAAAGCAGUAUAGUGGCCAAUCCUGAAGAGAAAAAGGAAGAACCAGCUACUGGUCAGGUUGAAGACGGGGGUAAUAAGAAAGAACAGUCCAAUCAAGUUGUUAGCAAUUCAUACAAUUGGCAACUUUGCAAUGUAACAGCUGGGCCUGACUACAUCCCUUGUCUUGAUAAUGUCGAGGCUAUCAAAAAACUAACAAGCACUAAGCAUUUUGAGCACCGAGAGAGGCAUUGCCCUCAGGAGCCUCCAACAUGCCUUGUUCCUCUUCCUCCAGGAUAUAAAUUGCCCGUGCAUUGGUCAGAAAGCAGAGAUAAGGUAUGGUACAACAAUGUCCCACACACCAAGCUUGCCGAAGUUAAAAAGCAUCAAAAUUGGAUGAAGGUUGAGGGGGAGCAUGUUAUUUUCCCUGGUGGUGGUACGCAAUUCAAAAAUGGAGCUCUUCAUUAUAUAGAUUUUAUUGAAGAGACUAUUCCAGAUGUUGCAUGGGGUAAGCACAGCCGUGUGAUAUUGGAUGUUGGUUGUGGAGUUGCCAGUUUUGGAGGCUUCCUGUUUGAUAAAGAUGUCCUAACCAUGUCCCUUGCACCUAAGGAUGAACAUGAAGCACAAGUUCAAUUUGCUCUUGAACGUGGUAUUCCUGCAAUAUCAGCUGUCAUGGGAACCAAAAGGCUUCCCUUUCCAAGUGCUGCUUUUGAUAUUGUGCAUUGUGCCCGUUGCAGAGUUCCAUGGCAUGCCGAUGGUGGCAGGUUGCUUUUAGAGCUAAAUCGAUUGCUGAGGCCUGGAGGGUAUUUUGUGUGGUCUGCUACUCCUGUCUAUCAAAACAAGGACGAAGAUGUUGAUAUCUGGAAAGCUAUGUCUUCUUUGACGGCAUCUAUAUGUUGGGAUCUCCUUGCCAAAAAGAGUGAUGGAUUCAAUGAAGUGGGCGUUGCAAUCUAUCGAAAACCGACUACUAAUAAUUGCUACGAGUCCAGAAGGACUAAUGAGCCCCCUCUGUGCGCAGAAGCUGAUGAUCCUUAUGCAGCUUGGUAUGUUCCUAUGGAGAGCUGUCUGCAUAGGGUUCCAACUGAUGAGGAGCGGGGAACUGAAUGGCCAGAAGAAUGGCCCCAAAGGCUUGAAAAAGUUCCUUUCUGGUUGAAGGGUGAUCUGCACGAUCGUUUUAUUUCAGAGACUGAGCACUGGAAACGGAUAGUUAGCAAGUCUUACCUUCAAGGGUUGGGAAUUGAUUGGUCUGCUGUUCGAAAUGUGAUGGACAUGAAAACAGUUUAUGGAGGAUUUGCAGCAGCUUUAGCAUCACAGCCAGUUUGGGUCAUGAAUGUUGUGCCAACUGAUACUAAAAAUACCCUUCCGGUAAUCUAUGACCGUGGUUUGUUUGGCAUACACCAUGACUGGUGUGAGUCUUUCAGUACUUAUCCAAGAACAUACGAUCUUUUGCAUGCUGAUCACCUAUUCUCUGGGCUGGUGAAAAGGUGUAGCCUAGUUGCUGUAAUGGCAGAGGUUGAUCGCAUAUUAAGACCGGGAGGUUAUGUCAUUAUCCGUGACAAAGUCGACACACUGAACGAAAUGGAGAACAUGAUUAGAUCACUACAGUGGGAUAUUCGAUUGACAUACACUCAAGAAAUGGAAGGGAUUUUAUGUGCACAAAAGACCAUGUGGCGGCCAUAGUUUCCUGAAUGCUUUUUAUCAUAUUAUCGCAUGCAACAAACUGUGCAGAUUAUUCAAGUCGGCAGGGAAUCCUCUCUGCUGGAUGCAGGAAAUUCUAGUUUCAUCAGCUAUUAGAAGAUCAAGUUGUUUAUUGAUUCUUUAAUUGUAUUUUAUCUCAUCAUUGCUACUAGAUCUACUACCCAACCUUCAAAGGAAGGUUUUUAUUUUAGAACAUGUUUUUUUGUAUGCUCGAUUAAAUUUUGAAAGGAAUGUGCCGUGAUUUGUAUUCCAGUUAAUUCUGGAUACACUAUGUGGAGCAUCCACAGAGAUUUGACUAAGGUUUUGUGUUUAAGCAACCAUGUAAUAUUAAUUGAAGGGUUUUUGGCUAGA